AUGGAAAGUGAAACAAUUGAGAUGGUCGUAGAACAUCCAUAUCCAGUUCUGUACGUUCCAAAAUGGUGUGUGACAUUCGAACACGACUUUGGGCCCAAUAAAAAUUUAUUUCUUGAUGUCGACAUUCUUUCGAAUAACACAGAUCAGCAACGGACAACUGUGUAUAAGGGCUACAUCGCCCUUAAAGUCAUUGAUACUAAAGCCCCAGCUAAUCCAAUUAUUUUGCAAAAAAACGCAUUUUUAGAAGCUGAUCUAUCCUUUAAUAUUAAUGAUAGAGCAUGGUUGAACCUUAGCCCAGGUGAAUACCAGUCUGAAGGUGUGGAAUGUGGCGAAGGUUGUUCACUAUACUCAGCACCACAGUUUUCUUAUAUAACUGCUGAGCAUCUACAAAUUCCACCCAUUACCUACCAAGAAGAAGAAAUUGAAAUCUCUGAAGCUGCAGAGCCUGUAUUUCUGCACAAGAAAUUUAGGAAAUCCACAAGUCGUGAGCGAGAAGAUAGCCAAAAAAAUGACAAUUUUAACAGUCAAAGCACUGAACUAAUUUUUGAAAAUUCUGGUGAAAACCAAAACACUUAUUUUACUUCAGAAGAUUUAAAUUAUGAAAAUGAAAUUCAUGGAAAUAAUAGUGGUAUAGAUAAAUGCAGAGAGGCAGACAGUGCUUGUUCUCUUACAGAAAGUAUUGCAAUUGUGGAAAACUGUGCAUUAAAACAAUUAAUGUCUGACUUUGCAUCGCCAAAACAAAAUAAAGUUAUUGUGUUUGCUGGAGACAAUUCUAAGAAUGGCCAGACAAUUUACCAAAUUAAGGAUUCUUCUCUGCAAUGUGGUGGGAAAAAAAUAAUAGAAGAUUCUGUUAAAUUUACUAAUGUUGGUAAAAAGAAGAUAUAUCAAUGCCAAAAUUGUAAGCGGACAUUUGAUAAGUUAAAAGCAUUUCGACAGCAUGCCACUAUCCACAAGAAACAAUCCCAGGUUAAUUUGAAACACUGCGAAACUUGCAAGAGAACUUUCAAAUCUUUGGAGAAGUAUAAGGAACAUGCUUUAGGGCACAACGACCCCGACUUGGAAUGUCCAAAAUGCUAUAAAGUCCUUCGAACUAAAUACACUCUCCGCGUGCAUAUGUCGAUACACAACAGGCAACUGCCCUGCCCAAAGUGUACUCUAACAUACAACGACCAAGCGUCGCUUGAUCGACACAUUUCACGAAUACACAGUCCAAAAUUUUCCUGCUCAUACUGCGGACAAGGUUUUAAAACCUUGGACGCACUAGAAAAGCAUAAAGUAAAGACCCACAGCGUGGUCUUCUGCAACAUCUGCAACGCGGAAUUCAACACAGAGAAAGAAUAUUUGAAACAUCUAGACGAGCACAUAAUAGACAACUUCAAUUCGGACGACGGUCUUUCUAUAAAGAGUGUGGAUAACAUCCUGAACGAUGUCAAUUUGGACUUUUUCGAAGAUAGCACUAUUCGUGGGAGUGAUCCCGUCAUACAGAAGAUUGCUGAUGAUCGGUUCUUUUCUAUGAAUCCACAGCUAUCUCAUAAGAAGCGAAUGUCCCGGAUUUGCAUUGUGUGCAAGAAGAAGUUCGACAGGAUAAGCGACAUGAAGCGUCACCUCAUAGAACACGUCAUCAAGAGGAGCCUCGCGAAGAACCCGAUCAACGAAGACGGGACCCUCAGCAUAGUGUGUGACAUCUGCCGUGUCGCCACUUUCUCCCGAGUCGACACCUACAAGGCCCACCUGCGGGAGCACGCCAAGCUGACGAUCUACAAGUGCCUCCUGUGCGACAAGUCCUUCAGCGACUCGAGCAACUUCUCGAAACACAAGAAGCUCCACGGCCAAUCUCGCUACGAGUGCGACCUGUGUAAGAGGAAGUUCAAUUCCAAAAAAACCAUCUCCAUACAUAUGGAGUUGCAUUUCAAAACGGCCCCUUUGUCCUGCUCGCGCUGCAACAAAAAGUUCCAUUUCCCCUCGACGCUCAAUAAGCACCUUAAAAACCAGCACAAGCGAAAUUAUCACGUGAACUGCAGGUUCUGUGAGGCGACAUUCAAGUCCUGGAAGGACAAGUGGGAUCACGAAUGGCACGCCCACAACGCCAGGAACACCAUCUUGGACUGUUUGGUGUGCGAUAAGAAGUUUAGGAAGUACACCGAGUUGAAGCGACACUGCAGCGAUACGCAUCACGUGAUGAUUCCCUUGGCCAAGAAUUUGUAA